CGCUGCUGUGUGGAUCAAAAGCCUUUAAUAAUAAUAUAUUCAAGUGGUGACUUCGGGUUAUCUUUCUGCGCCCGCUAGCGAAGAUUUUCUCCGCAGCCAGGCAUACUCGAAGGACCUUUAGCCAGAUCCACAGAAAUUUUCCGGAAGGAGGCAGGCCAACCCCUCCAUCCAGAGAAAGUUGCAAACUAUGGGAUUUGACCCGCGGACCUUCGGGCCGACCACAAGUGGAAGGCACAUGGCAGUUGUAUCGACCUGCACUCUAGCCAGCUGAGCUAGCCGAGCGCAGAAAGAUAAGGGCCAAUGAUUCGGUCCAAGUCGACAAUGAACAGCAGUAGCAUCCCCAGGAAGCUCUUAGCAGUGCUCGCCCUUGUGAUAGGAUUCGUUUUGAGUGCUGUGAUUGGGUGGAGCAACGGGCAACUCUCGCAUCAGAUGAGGUGUUACCCACACAGUUUUGGCACUUCUUUGGAAGAAGGAGCCCCUCCCAGGCUCUUGCUGCAGGGUGUCAAUGACCGGGACGGUAUGAUACCUCUUGAGAUCGUACAUCGAGCAUUUAAAGAGAAUCGAGCAACUCUCGUUGUCUUGCGCAUCAUGAAGACCGGCAGCACUGGAUUACAAGCAAUCUUCUCCACACGAAGCCCGGAAGAAUGCAGCCCGCACCUGCAAAAGGAACUACAAUUCCCCAGCGAACCAUCACAACGCUGCAAUAGGCUCUACAAAUUGCUGCACGAGGCCGUCUUUGACACCACAUGCUUGGACAUGCGGGGAUGGGACGACCCAAGAUGGAUGCAGCCGGACUGUCUUCCCUUCAUAGGGUCCCCUGAUUAUGAGAGCCGUGUCUACAAGUUAGACCAUGGCGAGCAGGAUCGAGUGCGCACAACCUUCCGUGGUGCCCGAAUUAUCAGUGGGCAUGUUGCCUAUGGCAUUCACCGGAUUGGGCACAAGGGCUUCUUUGCUUAUUUAACCCAGUUGAGGGAACCCGUUACUCGCACUGUGAGUCAUGUCAACCACUUCUUGAGAAAUGCCCCUCAUGCUUUGAACGGGACAACGUGGGAGAAACUCAUGUUAGAGCCUAGCUUCUUGUGGUUCAUAAAGAGCAACCAUCAGACUCGCCUUCUUUGUAAUGAGGGAACACGGGGACGCUAUAACGUGGGACCGAAGGGCCAAUUUACAACAAGCGACGAGGAGGUCACAGAGGUGCACUAUCGGUGUGCACUAUCUCAUUUGCGCAACACCUUCGCUUUGGUGUUUGUAACCGAGCAGUUACACCAAGUCUAUCCCCUAGCUUCGUUGGUCGCUCGAAUAUUCAAUUUAAAGAUCAAAGAGCCACAGAUUGCGACCACUGUGUUCAAUCCAACGAUCUAUAGCAACGUAACGGUUGCUAUUCGAGCAACAUCCGACAUCCCGGACAAAGUACACGAGUACUUAACCGGUUUGAACAAGUGGGACAUUCUUCUGUAUAAAGAGGCAGAAGUCUUGCACAAAAUUUCAGUCGAUAGGCUACGGAACUUCGAAGAGAACUUAGGUUAAGCAUAAACUGUAAGUACACCACCACUGAUUCUUCAACAGCCCCACUCGAUGUUUCUAUACCAUGAUCAUUCAGAAUGUCCUAGUCGGGUAUCACGAUAGGAACGUCACGUUGUUUUGGAAGCUAGGGCCAGUGAGGCCGCGCCACACUUGAUUCCGAUGUCUGCCAACGAGAAAACAACAUGGCAGUCUCUCGGACUCGAUAGGGUAGCUAGGCAUUGAGUCCGAUCGAGACACAAUGAAAAACGUUGAUCUGUAGUCUGUAUGCCAUGAAAGGCUUUAGGGCCCAUAUGGCAAUAGAAACAGGAAGUUGGCAAACGAAAGAGCAUAGCGAGCGGAUCUACCAAGCUUGCGAUAAGGGCGGAGUAGAGUCGGAAGGACACUUAGUCUUUGAUUGCCCCGCUUAUAGUCAACUUCGGUUGCUUUUCCAUUACCUAUUCGAAAACAGGGGAGAUAGGAAUAUGAAAGCUUUCCUUAAGUUGCAGGAAAAUUAUGCAGUAGGUAAGUUCUUGCAUCUAGCUUUCGAGAAGCGAGCUAGUGUCAUAGAACACUUGUCGACUUAGCCGGUCACGGCUCCGAACCGACGUUCAUGAUCAAAUUACAACAUGGCUACGGCUUGAGAAGAGAAC